AUGAGUGGGGACUACAAGGUGAGGGGUGAGGACAAACCUCACCCGGCUUGGGAUGUCAGCGUGAGUGGAACACAACCGAACGAGGCAGGAUGGAAGAUAUAUGUGGACGCGAGAGUGGACGAUGAUAGAACAUUCGUGGGUAUGGUGACAACGCGGUGUAGCCAGGUCCAGGUUCAAGCUUCCGAAAGAGUUGGGAGAGUUUCCUCGUCCUUGCUGGGGGAGCUCUCCGCUAUCUACAGGGGGCUGGAAUCAGAGAUACGACUACGUGCGGACAUCCUGGAGGUAUUCACAGACUGCAGAGUGGCGGUUGACAGCUUGCAGAGCUACUGA